AUGCCUUUCAUCAAUGGGACAUCAUUACCAAGCCCCAAAAUUCGCAUUGCCAUUGACAGAGGCGGCACCUUCACAGACUGUCUGGGUAUUGUGCCGGGGAAGCCAGACAUCCUUGUCAAGUUGUUGAGCAAUGACCCGACCAACUACCCAGAUGCGCCUACAGAAGGUAUUCGCAGAAUCCUGGAGGCCGCUACGGGUAAGAGAAUUCCUCGAGGCCAGCAAAUUGACACAAAUGAUAUCGAAUCCAUCAAGAUGGGCACGACAGUAGCCACAAAUGCCCUGCUCGAGCGAUCCUCAACACCAUGCGCCCUCGUAGUCACGCGAGGUUUCAAGGAUCUCCUGAAUAUUGGGGACCAGACCCGUCCCAAACUUUUUGAUCUCAACAUUCGCCGCCCUGAGACCUUAUUCAAAGACGUUCUUGAAAUAGACGAGCGUGUAACUUUAUAUGAUUCAACCGAGGACGCAACAAGCCUGAGUGACCCAGAACGUCAUUCUUUUGACUUGAGGAAAGGAGUCGGCGGCGAAGCAAUCCGUAUUUUACAACCUCUAGAUUCUAAUGGUGCCAGAAAGGGAUUACAAGAGCUAUACGACAAGGGUGUCAGAGCUCUUGCCGUAACUCUUCUCCAUUCAUACACUUUUCCAGAUCAUGAGCUUCAACUCUCAGAGAUCGCUGCCGAGAUUGGCUUCACGCAAAUAUCUUUGUCAUCGCAGAUCUUCCCUAUGAUCAAGGCUAUUUCAAGAGGCUACUCUGCCACCGCUGAUGCCUACCUGACCCCUCUAACAAAAGCCUACAUUGACGGCUUCCGAAAAGGAUUCGUGGGUAACCUUGAGGAUGCCAACGGCGCACGCUGUGAGUUCAUGCAGAGCGACGGUGGCCUGGUCGGAUGGCAAAGCUUCAGCGGAUUGAAGGCCAUCUUGUCCGGGCCAGCAGGAGGCGUUGUGGGCUUCAGCCGAACCUGCUACGACACGGAGCGCAAGAAGCCAGUGAUUGGCUUUGACAUGGGUGGUACCAGUACCGAUGUCUCCCGUUUUGCGGGCACGCUGGAGCAUACCUUUGAGUCCAUUACUGCCGGUGUUACGAUCCAGUCUCCCCAAUUAGAAGUCGAUACCGUUGCAGCUGGCGGUGGAAGCAUUCUUUCAUACAAGAACGGUCUUCUCCUCGCUGGCCCAGAGUCUGCAAGUGCGCAUCCGGGCCCAGUUGCGUACCGCAAGGGGGGCCCUCUCACAGUUACAGACGCCAAUCUGGUCCUUGGACGUCUCCAGGCCGCCUAUUUCCCCAAGAUCUUUGGCCCAGAGGAGAACGAGGCCCUCGACUACGAUGGUGCAAGAGCCGCGUUUGAGAAGCUGCUCGUUCAAGUAAAUGCAGAUCUUGCAACCACCGGCGCUAAGACAAAAACCGUGGAGGAGCUUGCGCUGGGAUUCCUCCAAGUUGCCAACGAGACCAUGUGUAGACCCAUUAGGUCUUUGACAGAGGCGAAAGGGUAUCGUACUUCAGAUCAUGAGCUCGCCGUGUUCGGAGGCGCCGGUGGACAGCACGCAUGUGCCAUCGCUAGCAACUUGGGGAUUGAUCGGAUUCUGAUCCACAAAUACUCUUCAAUUCUGUCUGCCUAUGGAAUGGCACUUGCUGACCUUGUAGUUCAUGAUAUUCAACAGCCUUGCUCAGUUGAGCUCGACGGAUCUUUUGAAGAGCUAGACUUCCGACUCAAAGAGUUGGAGUCAACAGCGGCGGAGAAGCUUGUAUCCGAUGGGGCAGCCAGAGAUUCUCUGGUCUUUGAGCAUUUCCUCAAUCUGCGCUACGUGGGCUCUGACACCACUUUCAUGAUCCCCCGCCCAGAGAAUGGGACAUGGGCAGAAGCCUUCACAGCCGAGCAUAAGAGGCAAUUUUCUUUCAUCAUGGCUGGACGCGGUAUCAUCGUUGAAAAUGUUCGAGUUCGAGCCACCGCCCAGAGCCCAUCCGUGGAGCCAUCCUUCAAUCUAGAGAAACAACUCUCGAGCUCGUCUCCCACUCUCGUCAAGGCCGACAAGGUCUCUGAUACGGUCAAGAUCUUCUUCGAGGGAGGCUGGACCGAAGCCCCUCUCUAUUUCUUGACCUCGUUGACAAAGGGGGAUAUGAUCCAAGGACCGGCUAUCAUCCUAGACAACACACAAACCAUUGUGGUGAACCCAACAACCAAGGCUAUCAUCUUGGAACGCCAUGUCGUCCUCGAGCUGGAUCUCAAGGCAACUUCAAAGCCCCAGGAAGAAGUCGCCUUGGACAAGAAGAAGGUAGACCCAGUUCAGCUCACGGUGAUGGCACACCGUUUCAUGAGCAUAGCGGAACAAAUGGGACAUAUGUUACAGAAGACUAGUGUCUCGGUUAAUAUCAAGGAACGUCUUGAUUUCAGUUGUGCACUCUUCAGUCCCGACGGCAGACUGGUUGCCAACGCUCCCCACGUUCCCGUUCAUCUGGGCUCAAUGGAACAGGCUGUCAUGUACCAGCACAAGAAAUACGAGGGUCAGCUCCGGCCUGGCGAUGUCAUUGUUGCCAAUCACCCUAUUUCUGGCGGCACUCACUUGCCGGACAUCACCUGCGUCACACCAGUGUUUGACAACGAAGGGAGAAACAUCAUUUUCUAUACCGCCUCUCGCGGGCACCAUCAGGAAAUUGGCGGUAUCCUGCCCGGGUCUAUGCCAGCUGGUAGCGUAGAGCUUUACGAAGAGGGUGCAGCCAUCAUCUCAGAGUUCCUUGUCCGUGACGGUGUCUUCGAUGAAGAUAUGAUCCGAAGGGUAAUGCUCGAAGAACCAGCCAAGUAUCCCGGCUGCUCCGGUACCAGGAAGCUGGCAGACAACAUCAACGAUCUCAAGGCCCAGGUGUCUGCAAAUGCCAAGGGAGCUGCGCUUGUUUCCGAACUCAUCGCAGAGCAUGGUGUUGGUACAGUGCAUUUUAACAUGAAUGCAAUUACGGAUAAUGCCGAGGCAUGUGUUCGGGACUUCCUCCUUCGCACGCACGCCGCAACCGGUGGAAAGCCUCUUUUCGCCCUAGACCAUAUGGAUGAUGGUACUCCUAUCCAGCUGACUGUCACUAUCGACCCCGAGACUGCCUCGGCUCAUUUUGACUGGACAGGCACUGGAGAGCAAGGCUACCAUUCAUUCAAUGCUCCGCAGGCCAUUACGCGAAGCGCUACGCUCUACGUCCUUCGCUGCCUCAUCAACCAAGAUAUUCCCCUCAAUGAAGGUUGUCUGCGUCCCUUGACAUUCACAAUCCCGGAGGGUAGUAUCCUAAACCCAUCGUACGAAGCUGCAGUCUGCGCGGGUAACCCUAUCACCUCCCAGCGGGUGACGGACGUCGUUAUCAAGGCAUUUGCUGCCUGUGCUGCAAGUCAGGGAGACUGCAACGUGGUCUCGUUUGGCAUCGAUGGCAACAUUGAUCCGGAAACAGGCAAGCUAGUCCCAGAUACCGGCUUUGGUUACUGCGAGACGAUCUGCGGCGGUAGUGGUGCAGGCCCCGGCUGGCAUGGCACGAGCGGCGUCCAUAUUCACAUGACGAACACUAAGAUCUGCGAUCCUGAGAUUGUGGAGAAGCGGUAUCCCAUCCUGCUACGAGAGUUCAGUAUUCGAGAUGGCAGUGGUGGUAAAGGGCAGUGGAAUGGUGGCAACGGCAUCCGAAGAGUCUACGAGUUCGCGAGAGACAUGGGAUGCUCGAUUGUAAGUGAACGACGUGUCACAAGGCCAUAUGGCAUGAAGGGUGGUGAAGACGGAAAGUCUGGUGUCAACUACAUUGUCAAGGGUGGUAAUGGCGGCCGCUGGUGUAGAGUAGGUGGACGCAAGGACUUUAAGGUAGCCAAGGGUGACUGGUUCGUCAUUGAUACACCUGGAGGCGGUGGAUGGGGCCCUCAGGCGGAAGCUGAUACAGACGGCAAUGCCGAAGUGCGAAAUCCUGUGGAGAGAAGGUUUGUGAGCCAGUUCCAGUUGGCGCAGGAAACCAGCAACUAG